AAAUUUUUCAGUUUACAAUAUUUGAAACAAAACAUUCGAAAACUUGCGGCGUCUUCGGUUCAGAUUCUUAUUAGAGGGUUUCAACUGAAAAAGUUAUAAUAAAAAUAACUUAAAAGCGCCCUCUGAAUCACAAAAAAGUUACGAUCGUUCGCUGAGGAUUGUGGGAUUUAGCAUCUCCUUUUUUUCUUUUGAGUUGUAUGAAACGGUUUUCCAAAUGUAACCCAAAAUUAUCCUUUUUUUUACGAUCAUAAUUCUUCAUAAUAUAAAUAGUAUAAGUCCCAAAGGUUUCAGCGAGCGUUCUGUUAUGGCAGGAAACGGAGAUGUUCAAUGGAGUUUUUCUCAAGUGAAAGGGACCUUAGAUGAUGAUGUGACCGAAGCGGACAUAAUAUCGUGCGUAGAAUUUAACUGUGAUGGAGAACUUCUAGCUACGGGAGACAAGGGAGGACGUGUAGUAAUUUUUCAACGUGAUCCCUUAUCGAAACUCUCGGUGCCCAGAAGAGGUGAAUAUAAUGUUUAUAGUACAUUCCAAAGCCACGAACCAGAGUUUGAUUAUCUGAAGAGUCUAGAAAUAGAAGAGAAGAUAAAUAAAAUAAGAUGGUUAAAAAGAAAAAAUCCUGCUCACUUCUUAUUAUCUACCAAUGAUAAAACCAUCAAAUUGUGGAAAAUAUCAGAGAGGGAUAAAAGAAUAGAUGGAACAAAUUUAAAGGACGAAUCUGGUUUAUUACGUGAUCCAACAUCGAUUACGACGUUACGGGUACCUGUCGUUCGACCGAUGGAACUGAUGGUAGAAGCUAGUCCAAGGAAAAUAUUUGCCAAUGCCCAUACUUAUCAUAUUAAUUCGAUUUCGGUUAAUAGUGACCAAGAAACUUACCUGUCGGCGGACGACUUAAGGAUUAACCUUUGGCAUCUAGAGAUAACUGAUCAAAGUUUCAAUAUUGUCGAUAUAAAACCGGCAAAUAUGGAAGAGCUGACUGAAGUUAUUACUGCAGCGGAAUUCCAUCCAUUACACUGCAAUGUCUUUAUUUAUAGUAGUAGUAAAGGAACGAUAAGGUUGUGUGAUAUGCGUGCAUCUGCACUUUGUGACCAACAUGCCAAAAUAUUUGAAGAGCCGGAGGAUCCGACGAGCAGGAGUUUCUUUUCCGAAAUAAUAUCUAGUAUAUCCGAUGUUAAAUUCAGCAACAGUGGACGCUACAUGAUAUCUAGAGACUAUUUAUCUAUUAAAGUUUGGGAUUUGCACAUGGAUAACAAACCAGUCGAGUGCUUCCACGUACACGAAUAUCUUCGCUCAAAGCUCUGUACGCUCUAUGAGAAUGACUGCAUCUUUGACAAAUUUGAGUGUUGCUGGAAUGGCGUAGAUAACUACGUCAUGACGGGAUCUUAUAACAAUUUCUUUCGUGUAUUUGAUCGUUAUUCUAAACGAGACAUCACUCUUGAAGCAUCUAAAGACAUAGCCAAACCCAAAACAGUAUUAAGGCCAAGAAAAGUAUAUACUGGUGGAAGAAGAAAGAAAGAUGACAUUAGCGUAGACUGCCUAGACUUUAACAGGAAAAUACUUCACACAGCAUGGCAUCCUCAAGAAAACAUCGUGGCCGUUGCUGCAACUAACAAUCUUUAUAUUUUCCAAGAAAAAUUUUAAUUAUUAAGGAAAACAUAGAUAAUAUUUUUAAAUUCGUAUAAACUGAUCAUUUAAAAAUAAAAUUCUAUGUAUUAUUUUUAAUUCAUCCACAGCUUCCUUGCUGCAGGCAGCAUUCGUUCUUUCGCGACAUAAUUGGGCCAGAACAGAUAGAUCAAACGAAUCUUAGGUGCCUUUGGCGGCUAAUCAGACAGUUCCUAUGCCUGCUGCUUGGUGUACGACCAUUUAAUUUCGAAUGAGCGAAUCAUUUAGGCUGCUUUAAACACCGAGCAGUGUUAAAUGGAUGUGAAGUAAAUUUGUUUCCAUUCGAGAUCUUAUCAUUUAAUAAUAAAAGAAAAAAACAGGUUCAUCCAUUCAGAUUUGUUGUAUAAAUGUAAAUAACUUUCAGGGUAUAUGUCACAUAUAAUCACAAAAAAUCAAAAUUGAGUUUGUAAAAUAUCAUUUUCAUUAUAAAAUCAUUCCAUUUUACGCAAU